AUGUCUAAGACCGGACGCUCAUUCUCAAUGGCCGAAAAGCAGAAAAAAUUCGCGGUGCUUCUUGUAGUAUUUGUGCAUUCUCUGCAGCUUACCUCAGCAGGUGAACCUAUUAUUAAGGGAGAUUUUAAUAACCUUCCACCAAGAUGCGAAGCAUUAGCUAAGGAAUAUAUUAAAAGAAAAAUUUCUGAUUUAACCGAGGCCACUCUAGAGCUUCGCAAAUGCGAAUUCUCCUACAAACGUGAAACUCCAUCGGGGCAGAAAUAUGAAGGGACGUACGCACUUCCUGAGGGAUUUCCCUGCGCUUUUGGUUCGAGAUGUGAAUGGGGAGUCUGCGAGUGCAGCGCAUGUCCCUAA